UCAUCACCAGGUCAUCACAUGGCAGGUAUUCCGCAGCUGUGUACCAUACGCUGGUCAUAACACGCAUGACGCGUCCACUGCGCGUGUCCACAUGGGUCAUAUCCAGGUCCCUAGCUUGGUUAUAAAGCUCUGCGCCCGUCGCGAGAAUUCCUCCCACCAAGCGGCCUCUGGCGGUUUUUGGGCCAUCCACCAGCGAACAUGCCGAAAGUGAAGCAAGACCUCGUCCUGCCUCUCGGCGCUGCUCGUGAUUUCACGAAUGAGAGGAGCAGGCCUCGCAAGCGACCCUCCGUAUGCUCGGCUGCCCUUGCUCUACUUGCUCUGGGAGCCACGGCCAUGGCUUUCGCGCACCAAGACCACCUUGCUAGAGCACUGUUGUACGGCAGACGCGAAGGCAAAGAUGGUUUGGGUCCAUUCUAUCACAUUGUCAAGACCCACGACGACCUCUGUGUUGGCGGGGUCUCGCACUCGGGAUACAUUGGACUGAACGGCGACAACGAGGACACGCCCAAGAGAUCCUUCUUCUGGUACUUUGAAGCACAGCACGACCCCGAGAAUGCGCCUGUGAUAUUAACCGUUGGGGGCGGCCCUGGAACUAGCGGAAUGGCCAAUCCACUCCUCGGCCAAUCACACUGCAAGGUCAUUUCAAACCUUACGACAGUCUUAAACCCCGACGCUUGGUCAGAACACCACAAUCUAAUUGCUCUUGACCACCCCAUCGGCGUGGGGUUCUCGCACGGCACGAUGGUCAACAAUUCGCGCGACGCAGCACACGACGUCUACGACUUCCUGCUCAAGUUCUUCCAUCUACACCCGCACCUUGCCAAAAACCAGUUUGUACUCGCCGGCGGAUCGUAUGGUGGCAUUUAUCUACCACACAUCGCAACAGUUAUCUACGAGCAGAACGCCGCACUCGCAUUGGGACACGGGGUCCCUGGGGCAAGACAUAUCAACCUUGAGAGUACGAUGCUCAGCAAUCCAGUAUCGGAUCGGCUUUCAAACUAUCGCUGGGCACUACACCAACGAUGCUACCUCACUGACUUCUACAACGCGAGCGUUUGCCACACGGCAUUCGAGAAGCUGCCCGCGUGUCUCGAAGCCAUCCAAAUGGCCUAUAUGAACGAUUCCAUCGAACGCCGCUCGGGUGCGCUUGAUGUAUGCCAACGUAUAUUCCCAGAGUACAUCGAGGGACGGGACUACCAAAACGUCGAGCUCCGCUGCAACGGCACGGUCGAGGACUGUUACCCCUCUACGAUAUACGCAGUCGAUUUCAUGAACCUCGCGAGCACGAAGGCGAAGCUCGGGGUACCCGAAGCGCUCAACUUUACAUUUGUGCGCGAGGAGGUGUGGGAGGCAUUCCGCAGGACGGGCGAUAUGGUACAACAGACGUAUCUCAUGUAUGAGCAUCUCCUCAAAGCAGGCCACCGACUCCUGCACUACAUAGGUAAGCUCGAUGCCAACUGCGCCUGGCCGGGAGUGCUCUCCACUCUCCGCCUCCUCCCUUCACCGUAUCAAGCCGCGUUCAAUGACGCGCCAGAUCUUCCCUGGUCUGGGCACAAUGCGACGGUGCGCGCCGUUGGCGGCCAGGGUGAGGGCAGCACGGGUGCAGGAGCGUUCACCUACGUGUUGAUGGCGCGUGCUGGCCACUUCGUGACUCACGAUCAGCCUGCGCUUGUCCGCGAGAUCGUGCGCCGGUGGGUUGCAAAUGUCCCAUGGAACGAUACUUUGGAUGUCGUGGGAUAGGCUGGGCGGCUUUUUGUGAGUGUUGGUGUGUUCUUUGUUGGCGUUGGUCUGUAGAUGGCCGAGGUGGAUGGUUGAGUUGUGGUGGAACGAAGUGGAGAGCACUGGGGGUUAGAGCCGGAGCACCACACGACGUUGCAGGCGAAGUUCGAGACAUAUUGAUUCACAUUUCCUCGCUCAAUAUAUGUGCUAGGCCGUCUGGCGUAUUUUCCUUUGCGACUGGCAACAUAUACUGACGUGGGGAAGCGGCGUGAGGGGUUUCUGGGGUCACGUCAUGUUCAUUUUAUCAUCUGUCAAUGCGGGAGACCCCGUAUCGCACACACUGUUUCCGACCGUCGUCGAGAAAUCCGCAGGAUACAUCGCACAUGGCACAAGCCGCAUACCGGCAAUAUUGAUAGUUCGGCGGCCAAGCAUUGGAUUCGCUCAUCUGCAGGUACAG